GGAGACCUAUGGCAUUACACAGCCCUGGUUCGAGCCGUUGGAAACUGUGGUCAAUAUCUUGUUUGGUGCAGAUUAUUUCCUGCAGUUCUACAUCAGCCGCAACAAGUUGGAAUUUUUGUAUUCUCUCAUGGCUUUCGUGGAUGUAGUCACCUUGUUUCCCAUCUUGGUCUUCAACCUCGUGUUUAGCAUCGACAACGAUACCUCGGUGGUGCUGCGCGUCAUCCGCGUCACCAAGCUCUUUCGCAUUUUGCGUUCCUUUCGCUUCUUGCGCAAUCGCCCGGAAGAUGUCAGCAGAGAGGUGUCCAUGAUGGCCUUUGGAAUCUUCUGUUUGAUCUUCACGUCUGCGGGAUUCUAUCAGUUGGUGGAGAACGACAUGAAGGUGGUACAGAACGAACCAGCCAAAGUGCCCUUCCACGAGGCCUUCUACUUCAAUGCCAUUGAAAUCCUGGGACGCCCUCGAAUCGAGCCCUCCACGGUGGGCGCGCAUUUGCUGCUGAUCGUGGUGGUGACUGCGGCUUACAUCAUCAUCCCCUGGCAAGCGGCUUCCAUUCUGAAGGCCUUGCAACGGGAUCCCUGGGCUUUGCGGACGAAGUACAAGCGCAUGAGCGACUCGCACAUUGUCAUCAUGGGACAUGUGGAGUUUCCGGUGCUGAAUCUUCUGCUCUAUGAGGCAUAUCACCCAGAUCGUGGUCCUGCCCGACCCUGCGACAUUGUGAUUUUGUCGUUGCACCCUCCGGACCAUCAGACCAGAGAUCUCUUGGGUCAUCCCGCAUACACCGGGCACGUGCAGUACAUCCAGGGCAGUUCGCAAGUGGAGAAGGACCUGCUGAGGGCCAAGGUUCACGAAGCCAUGGCGGUGCUGGUCUUGGCAUGUAAAUAUCCCGCAGAUCCGCAAUGGGAAGACACCCAGGUGGCCUCCAUUGUGCUGUCUUGCAAGGCCUUCAAAAACGCGCAACUACAUCGGCAAAAGACUUUCGGACAACGGCGGCGCCUGCGUUUGCUCGCACAGGUCUUGUCCCCAGACACGCGCGACCGCAUCGUGUGCAUGCCUGGCUGGGAUCGCCUGCACGACCUCUGUCUGGUGCGCCCGGGCGGGGCACCAUGCUGCGCCACUCACUGGGGACUGUGUAACUGUCUAAGAUGGGUAGAUGGGAGUCAAAAACGUGUAUUUUUUUCCAUCCAAUACCUAUGA